GCAGAGCUAGUCCUACCGACGAAAUUGCCUAAUUAUCGUUUUCCGCUCAUUUCACUCAUUUGCAUUUGUGUUAGUGAUAACUUUUUAGACCGCCCAGUCGGAAGCUUAUCGUUUAGUACGUUUUGUUUACACCAACCGUCUAGUGCCAGAAAAUCCGAUCGUCAACGGUUUUUUUGCGUUUUUCAACGACGAAAUUCCUUGCAGUAAGUAAAAUGAUUAAAUAAUUUUAUAUUACGACACAAGUUAAUUUUUAAAUUAUACAAUUCUUUCCAUUUUAGGUUGAUGAGCUAUCUGAUUACCGGGUUGUUGCUGAAUGAAUGCAAUGACAAAGGAUUUUGUCGGCAAACAUUGCAGCUCCGAUUGUGUCGCCGAGGGAGAAGUGUGGCCCAGGAACGGCUAGUGUGGCCCAGGAACGGGCGUGCUUCAGUGCCGACGGGGAGGCAUUUGGAGGUAGACAAGAAGAAUAUUACGAAGGAUCUCAGACCGUACUCCAACUUCUGCGAAGAUAACGAUAGCGAGGUGAUGGGUGAGCGGUCUAUACUCGACCGGAAGACAAAUGUGCACUACGAGAAUGCGGUCCCGGGGAAGAUCACUACAGCUUGGGUGGCGACAUCGUUCCUAAGCGAAGGUAGCCCUGCUGUCUGGACCAUUGCAAGCGCAAGUUUCAAGAUGAUUCGAAGCAGUCUGUAUGUACGGCACAGUGCGGUUAGCCAUACAAUGCGGAAAAAAAGAUAUCGAUGGCGGGCAAGAUCUUCGAUUCACAAAAGGAAUCCAGACCAUCUGUUUAUUCAGCUAUACGCCCCUCCUCAUCGUUUUAUUCUUAUAACUAGCACAGAUCCGAUACUAAUGUAUGAGCGCCUGCCCAUAUUGCUGCUGAACAUGGUGACAACGCAGCCAUCUUCGAGUCAGUGUUGCAUUAACCCUGGCGCCGUCGGAAUAAUCGUUUCCUUAUUGUUUCAAAGUGUCAAGAUGGCUCGGGGACCGAAGAAACAUUUGGAGCGUAUGAACGCUUCAAAAAGAUGUUGGACCAGACCAGACCAGGUUAACUUUGCCCCGCGUACAUCCAUGGAUCCACACAAGCUUGUGAUUUUCUUUCGCAUCUGAAGUACGUCUUGACCACCACCGAUGUCACCAAGAUCUGUAACGUCACAUCUAGAUCGAUGGCAAGGUUCGCACUGACUUCAACUACCCGGUCGGAUUCAUGCGUUAGAUCGGCCGUGGAAGGUGCCGUUCAUCUUGAUUGGAUCCGAGCAUCCACCAGAACGAUUAUUGUCACCGGUGAUGGGCGUGUUCAAGCUCGACCACGAAGAUCUGUGUGUGACCAACUAUCAGAACGGAAGAUGAGCGGUUUGCAUGCGGGUAAUCGCUUUUUUAAAAAGUGAGAAGAAGACCUGUUUUGAAUGCUGAAAAUACAAAAAUCCGUUUAUAAUACCACUAUGAAAGUAAACUGAAAUAUGUAGAA